AUGGGUGAUUUGAUUCCAUUGGUGGUAAAUGGAGGCUCGAUCCUCGUUUUUGAGCUUUCUCACGUGAAAAGACUCAGAGAUCUUGGUAUAGUGGGCAUUUUGUCGGGGACUUUGCCGAAAGCUCCACAGCAAAAUGUGUUUUUGGGUUUACCAUUGCGGCUCAGCAUUUACGAGGCCGCAUGGCUCGUCAAUCAAAGUUUGGGUGUCUUGGUGGAUGGCUUGAGGUACAAUGAACAGGUUCUGAAUAUUUCUAGCUUGAAAGAAGAGACGGUGGAGCUUCAAGGAGGAGUUGAGUACGUCGUGACAGAGGAUACUUACUCCCAAGUCGAUGACGAACAGUUAGCCAAGAUAUGUCGAGACGCUGAAAUUUCGGUCGAUGCAUUGAUGGUCCGUCUUUUUGGCUCGGUGAAGACUCGACAACAUCUUCUUUCCGCUGCAUUCAACUACUUCCGAGAUCGGGACUACUACCUCAUGCCUGGACUACGUUUUGGCGGUGACUUUGUGGCGUAUCCUGGUGAUCCACUAAAGUUUCAUUCACACUUGAUUUUGAAAGUUCUUGAACAGAAAGAGUCUUUUGAUCUAUUGCAAUUGGUUACAAGUGGCCGAUUAGCCACUGCCGUAAAGAAAGCAUGGGUUUUAGUCGGCGAGAGUUCUACCCAAAGAAACAAGCAAAAUCAGAAGCCCUCGCUCCAUUGCUUUUCGAUAGAAUGGGCCGGAUUCGGCUGA